UUUCAUUCGCUCUUGACACGUCGCACCAAAGCUAGAAGUGCAUAUUGAAAGGAAACUGCUGGGAGGGUCAGCUUUGAAUUAAAGCAGGUACCAUUCUGAGAACACUUAUUGGACCCGAUCCAGGAUAAAGCUUAUAGGAGACUGUCUAAUAAGGGCUGUUUGAAAUGUCAGGCUUUGACAGCUUAAACCCAGAUUUUUACCAGACGAGCUACAGCAUUGAUGACCAAGCACAGGGCACCUAUGACUCCAAUAAUACAGGGGAUCCAUACAGUAACAAGCAACAGUAUGGCAAUUACAACUAUCCCCAUCAAGGUGGGCAUUCAACCCAGGGAGUAAUGCAGCCACAGCAACCUUACACUGGACAGAUCUACCAGCCAACCUUUACACCAACCACUCCACAGUCUGUCUAUGGGUCCAGUUUUGAAGAUGAGCCUCCAUUACUAGAGGAAUUGGGAAUAAACUUUGACCACAUCUGGCAAAAGACUCUCACUGUGCUCCACCCUCUGAAGAUAGCAGAUGGAAGCAUAAUGAAUGAGACGGACCUGGCAGGACCAAUGGUCUUCUGUCUCGCAUUUGGGGCUACGUUGUUGCUGGCUGGAAAAAUACAGUUUGGCUAUGUGUAUGGAAUUAGUGCAAUUGGCUGCUUGGGAAUGUACUGUUUGCUGAACCUAAUGAGUAUGACAGGAGUCUCAUUUGGCUGUGUGGGCAGUGUCCUGGGCUACUGUCUGCUGCCAAUGAUUAUCUUGUCUAGCUUCGGUGUGCUGUUUUCACUGCAAGGAAUGGUGGGAAUCAUCAUCACUGCUAUGAUUAUUGGAUGGUGUAGUUUUUCCGCUUCCAAAAUUUUCAUCUCUGCUUUAGCCAUGGAUGGACAACAGCUUUUAGUGGCAUAUCCCUGUGCUCUGUUAUAUGGAGUCUUUGCUUUGAUUUCAGUGUUUUAAACUGAUAAUUGUAAGUUGUUGGACUAAAAUAGGACAAGCAACCAAAUGUACACCCACCUGGCAAUGAAUUAGUGGCUCAUCGUUCAGCCUGCUAUAAAGGUGGGCACAUUCCUUUUGAGCACCUGAGGGAUCAACUCAAAUGAAUACAUGCACAUCAUGUAGCAUUUUUCGCUCUUUUUUUUUUAUUUUUUUUUUAAAAGAACGUCCAGAUUCUAAUGCCGUGGCAGUAGCUUAAAUUUUUUGGUACAAUGCUAUAUACAAAACUAAUAUACAGAAUGCUCCCAAUACUUUUCUGUUAAUUAAUUGUGGCCUUUAGAAAUCCAGUCCUUCACCACGUUGUUAAUAUAUGAUGAAAUUGUGUCGGAAUGUAGAUUUUUAUCAUAAAUAAAACCGUAUUGUUGUGGUUUUUGUAUAUGUCA